AUGGAUGCAGAAAUUGAUAAGGUUGCUCAGUCCAGCCAAGCAUCCAUUCAUAAUUUAGAGGUGCAAGUAUGUCAGUUGGCUAAAUUAGUUGCAGAAAAAGACAGAGGUAAGCUUCCUAGUAACACUGAAAUAAACCCUAGGGAAGGAACUAUGGCUAUCACUUUGAGAAGUGGUAAGAUGUUGAAUGAAGCUUUGAAAGAAAAAGAACCCAUGAGUGUUGAAAAAGAAAGUGAUAAAGAGGAAGAGCAAGUGCCUAAAGAGAGUUCUAGUGAUCAAAACCUCACUUCCUCUACAGUAAAACCUUAUGUACCUCCUAUUCCAUAUCCACAAACGCUACAAAAGAGGAACCAGGAUAAUAACUUUAAAAGAUUUUUAGAGGUUUUUAAAAAAUUGCAGAUUAAUAUUCCUUUUGCAGAAGCACUUGCCAAAUGCCAUCUUAUGCCAAGUGCAAGUAUUAACCUUAUGCCUUUAACUCUUUUCAAGAAGUUGGAAAUAGCUGAAAUGAAGCCAACAACAAUCUCUCUUCAACUUGCUGAUAGAUCAGUCAAGUACCCACUUGGAAUAGUGGAGGAUAUCUUGGUAAAAGUUGGUAAAUUUUAUUUUCCUGCUGAUUUUCUGAUUUUGGACAUGGGUAGUGAUACAGAUACAUCUCUUAUACUUGGUAGACCAUUUUUGUUAAUAGGAGGAGUAAUAAUUGAUAUGCCUUUAGGGAAAUUGAUUUUUAGAGUAGGAACAUAA